CUCUCCUCUCUCUUUCAGGAGGUCAAAAAAUUCCUUAAAAAGUCGUUUAGACAAACCCAUAUAAGAUUUUUCUCUCAUCAAUCUAUGCCUCUCUCUCUCUCUUAUUUUUAUUGAAAUUAAAAUGAGUCUUUUUGUACUGUACCGACUUUUCAUUUCCGUUCUCCACAAGUUGUUAAGAUAUUCAUGAUAAUUGACUUAUGAUCUGAUUAUUUCGUUGCCGUGAAAGAUCGAUGCUUUAUGUCUUAUUUCCUUAGAUCUGGUUCUGGGUUUGUCAGAUCUGUAGACCCUUAGUGGAGCUGCAUGUGUGUUUCGAAAACAAAUGUCCAAAUAAUAUUUGAUUUCGUUUAGGAUUCAUGCUUUAAAAACCUUAACUUUCCUUUCUGGGUUUCAAAGAUCUAUGCUUUUCGUUUGACUCUGUUACUAGAUCUGAAGAAAUGGAAAUAGAACUUGUGGUGAUUUCAGAGAGAAUUUCAAUAAAUCCGAGAUUGAGAAUCGGAUUCUCUCGUCAUUUAACCACAAUUUUAGAAACUGUUUGGCUGAAGAUUCGAUUGCUUAAUUGUUCUUAGAUCUUACAUUUCUCUUAUUAUUUGGAUCAAAUUUGGUUUUAAUAUACUUAAAUUUGUGUGUUUUUUGAAUGGCAUUGUUUUGUAGUUUCUCAAUUUUGCAAUGGAUGAUGAUGGAUUUCGCAACUGGGGAUACUAUGAACCAGCGGCUGCUACAUUUAAAGGUAGUCUUGGUUUGCAGCUAAUGUCUACUAUUGACCGGAACACUAAACCGUUCUUACCCGGUCGUGAACCAAAUCUAAUGAUCGGUUCGAAUGGUUCAUAUCACCCGCGAGAACACGAGAGCUCAAUCCCCAUGAACUAUAGCUGGAUGAACCAACCAAAGGACAACAAGUUCUUCAACAUGUUACCACCAAACUACAACAAUGUCCUCUCCGAAACCUCCACUUCGAAUUCGAUGUAGAUGAUGCAUCAACCGGUUCUUAACUCAUCCCGGUUUAAGGAAAACUCGAUUCCUCCUCCUCCUCCUCCUCUUGAAGAUAAGCUUAAUAAGAAGAGGAAGACAAAGAGCUGCAACACAACAACUACACUAAAGGCUAAGAAGCUUCAGAAACCGAAACUGGAGAGCGACACUACUAACAAUGUUCAGCAUCAGCAACAACAACAACGUGUGAAACCGGUUAAGAAGAGUGUUGAUGUUGUGAUCAACGGUGUGAGCAUGGACAUUUCCGGUUUACCUGUACCGGUUUGCACUUGUACUGGAACACCUCAACAAUGUUACCGAUGGGGAUGCGGUGGAUGGCAAUUGGCUUGCUGCACGACGAACAUUUCGAUGUAUCCUUUACCGAUGAGUACUAAGCGACGCGCAAGGAUCUCGGGUAGGAAGAUGAGUCAAGGCGCAUUUAAAAAGGUUCUUAAGAAAUUAGCAAGUAAAGGUUAUAGCUUUGGUAAUUCGAUUGAUUUGAAGAGUCCUUGGGCUAGACAUGGAACCAAUAAGUUCGUCACGAUCAGAUAGUUUUGAGUGGAAAGUUCAGAUCUUUCUCAUUGAUCGUGUAUAGAUACCCCAAACAAAAAAAAACCUGUGACCUUCUGUUUUUUUUCUCUUCUUCUUCUUCUUCUUCAAUGUAACUUCUUCGUUUUAGGGUUUGAUCAUAUUUUAAUUCAUACAUUUUGAUGGACUCUUAAUUUUUUUUUUUGUUUGUUUGAAGAGUUCGUCGAAAAAAUGUCUAGAAAAAUUUGGCUUUCUUGUUUUUCUUCUUCUGCAACCUAUUUGAUUCAUCUUUAGGUCUGAAAUGUUGUCUGGUUUUUUAUUUAUUUACUGACUUGUAA